AUGAAAAAAGGACAAAGAAGCAUAUUCCAUCAUAUUUUCUCAAAAUACAGUGAUUUUGACUACAGUUUUGCGACACCAUUCAUGGAGGGGAAUACGAUACCCAUGUUACCACCCCCUGUGGGUGCUAUGUGUCCUCCCGUACCUACAGAACUACAGGAAAGUCAGGCGGGAAAAAUAAGGAAGAAAAAAAUAAAACAGGAAACUAUUGAUCAAGGGUUUGGCCCACCACAAGUAAUGCCAGAGAAUGUGAAAUCACCACGGGGACGCAAGAAAAAAGUGAAACAAGAAAAAAUGACAGAUUGUAUGAAAGUGCGUAAAAAGCAUGAUCGUUUCAACGGUAUGCCUGAAGAGGAAGUUUUGCAACGUAGAUUACCAGAUAUAUUUGCCCCUAACCUAGAUAUAGUAAUUGUGGGAAUCAACCCUGGUCUAAUGGCUGCCUAUAUUGGUCACCAUUAUGCAGGACCUGGUAACCAUUUCUGGCAAUGUAUGUUCCAAUCUGGACUAAUCUCCGAGCCAUUGAAUUGUUAUGACGACGUCCGUAUGCCCCAAUUUGGUAUUGGCUUCACAAGGAAGUGUCUGUACCAGGCAGGAUUUAUCCCCGAGCCCAUGAACUGUUAUGAUGACGAGAGAUUGCUUGAAUACGGGAUAGGGUUCACAAAUAUUGUUGAACGAACAACACGGGGGAGCGGGGAUUUAACAAGGAAAGAAAUCAAAGAAGGAGGAGAAAUUCUUUUAGAAAAAAUCCAGAAAUAUAAACCGAAAAUAGCUGUAUUUAAUGGGAAAGGAAUUUAUGAAAUAUUUGUGGGUCACAAAAAUUUCCAUAUUGGGAAGCAACCAGAGCCAUUCCCAGGAACAGAUACUGUUGUUUUUGCGAUGCCUUCAUCAAGUGCCAGAUGUGCCCAACUCCCACGUGUCAUUGACAAACUGCCUUUUUAUCAUGCACUCAAAAAACUACGUGAUCAUCUCCGUGGUGAUUUACCUAAUAUGGAUGAAGCGGAAGUGUGUUUCCCAGAUUUAGAAUUGAAAAUAGUAAAGCGAGAAAAACCAGAUGUGAAAAAGGAGAAGGAACCUAAAAUUGAGACAGCUGAUCCGCCAUUAUUGGCUGAUAUUGUAACGGGAGAGUCACAAAUUGUCCGUAUCAAACAGGAGAUUGCGGAUUAUGAAUAUGGAAUGAUGCCAGGCCAAAUGGGACAUCAGUUCAGUGGAUCUAUGACCCCUCAAGGGGGCAUGCCAGGGGGAAUGAUGCCACCCCAGCCCCAGGGAGGCAUGUCUCUUCCCAUUGGUAUACCACAGCCCCACAUGCCCCUUCGACCCCAUAUGUCACAAGGGAGUCAACCCCAAAUGUCACAAGGUCAACCCCAAAUACCACAAGGGGCUCAACCCCAAAUGUCACAAGGUCAACCCCAAAUGCCACAAGGGGCUCAACCUCAAAUGUCGCAAGGUCAACCCCAAAUGUCACAAGGUCAACCCCAAAUGUCCCACCAAGGUCAGCCCAGAAUGCCCCAACAAGGGGGACCAGGUCAUAUGCCUCAAGGCAAUAUAGCACAGAACAGUGGUCCUCAACAGGGCAAUCCUGCCCAGGAAAAUAUGUCCCAAGGAAAUAUGACCCAGGGUAAUAUGUCCCAGGGUAAUGGGUCUCAGGGGAGUCCACACCAACAGGAUGUUAAUGGUGCACAAAAUAAUAUAGCCCAGCACUCGAAACAGCCACAGGACAGUAUGGGGCAACAGCAAGGCAAUAUCACGCAACAGCAAGGCAAUAUAACCCAGCAACAAGGUAGUGUAUCCCAGCAACAACAACAAGGCAAUAUGUCUCGACAACAGAACAAUAUGCCAACCUCACAAGCAAACAUUCCACAUAAUCCUCAGACAACUAGCCCAUCAAUGGACCAACUUUCCAACAAUCAAACCCCAAGUUAUACUAAUCUCUCUAAUAUGAACUCCAGUAGCUUCAAUUACCCAUCUAAUAUGCCGACAACGAUGUCCCAAGGACAUUUCCAACAUCCACCAUCUUCCCAUAAUGCACAGUUUAAUCCGUACAACCAUAAUUUCCCACAGAACUUACCCGGGGGUGGACAUCAGCAACCCCCAUAUUAUGAUCCAUCCGCACAUCAACAAAGGAGUCCAUAUUUCCCAGUAGGCACCACACAGGCACCUAAUGGCUUCCCAGCACCCCCUAGCCAAUGGUCACAUCCUGGUCACAACUUCCAAGGUCAGAACGGCUUUUAUGGAGCUCCACAAACUGUUGUUAAAACUGAACCAGGCACAGGAGGUUUCACAGGAGGUUGUGCUUUCAGUCAAGCUAAUCAACAAAAUUAA